AUGAUAUAUCGUUGUAACUUAUGCGUUCACUUUACUUGUGAAACUCUACGUUCAUUGUUAUGCCAUCUUGGUCGUGUACACAAAAAUGAUAAUGGUUUUCAUGUACUCUGUGGAAUAGGUGGGUGUGCCAGAACGUACACGAAUUUUUUCUCGUUGAGAAACCACUUUGUUCGAAAGCACAGUGAAAUACUGAACGGAGAACGCCAGGGUCUGCCAGGAGAUUUGGCCCAUCAAAACGAUGCCGAUGGAUUUCAGGAUGGUGCAGAGAACGAUGAUAACGAUAAUGCACUUGGUCAUCAACCAUUCAACUUUGAAGUAGAAGUAGAAGUGAACAGGAAGACAAACGUUUUAUGCUUGAUGCAGAUAAAGGACGAAGGUAGAAUUCCACAGACAGUGGUAGACUCAGUGGUACGUAACACUACACAGAUCGUCGACAAUAGCGUGGAAUUGCUUAAAUCUGGCUUGGAACAGUGUUUGAACAAUGCUGGCCUUCGGAAGGAGGACAUUCCUGGUGUGUCAGAACUAUUCGACGAUGCCAGUAAGAUACGAAAGCCUUUCGAAGGAUGCCAUAACGAAGCUUCACAACUUCAGUACUACAAAAACAAUUUAGGCUUGGUGGUAAGAUACUAAUUUAAAUUUCAUCAUUAUCAUACAGAAUCAACACUGCAGGAUAUAUAUCCUUAUUAGCUGGAUAUUAAGAUGAGGGCUUCGAUGAGAGAUCUUUAUAAUUAUGCACAAGAUUGGGUAUCUGGCCAGAUAGCAAAUAGCUUUAGGGGCUGUUCAUAUGAGCCCUGCUGCUGGGCUGACCCGGCUAGCCGGGCUGGUUUUCAAGUGCCGAGAUCCUGCCUCACAUAUUGUUUGUAUAUUAAUUUAGGAUUGGAUUUAUAUGAGAAGCGGGCCAGCCCGGUUUGCCGGGAUCUCGCUUGAGCGAGGCGAGAUCCCGGCUUGCCGGGCUCAUAUGAAUGCACAACCGGGCUAGCCCGGCAAGCCGGGCUGGAAAUUUGUGUGAUUCAUUCCACUGAUAAACAGUCUAAAAUGUCCAAAACUAUAGGAAUUUAUCGAAAUUAAACCUCCUGAAGCUGUUGCCGUCGAUAAAAAUAAAAUUUUGCCAAAUAAACACGAAUUUUAUUUUCCCGCUAAAAUAUCGCGGGAAAUCGUUACUAUGAAUAGAUACGAUUGCCGGGCUAGCCCGCCUCAUGUGAAAGCAAAGUGGGCCAGCUCGGCAAAGUGGGCCAGCUUGGUUAAUCAGGCUCAUAUGAACAGCCGGCCCUUAGUGAUAUUGUUUGUGUGUGGAUCAGGCAUUUUCUGGCCGGAUACCCAAUCUCAAUGUGCAUUAUAAUUUAACUUUAACCCAUUAAUGCCCAUGACUCGUCCAGUAAAAUCAUCUGGAGUGGCAUUAGACAGAAUAAAAGAAUAAAGCAGGGUGCAUUGGCCAUUAAUGGGUUAAAUUGUUAGGACAGUGUUUGAGUGUUUCAAUCCUUUUGGGAUAUUUAUAUUAAUACAUUAAUGCCUAAAACUAUCACCUUGACAAGUAAAAUUGUCUGGCAUUAGACAGAGUAAAUGAAUAAAGUACUGUAGGAUUAUAAGGUCACAAUUAAAAUUUAUGGAUCAACCUGUAGUCGGACAGACUACAAAGAACAAUUAUUAUAAUGAAUCCAGUAAGACCGGUAUCUAACCACUUCAGGCCCAUUGCAGUUACCCUUAAGAGGUACCCUAAUUAUACUUUCAUUAUUUCACUCUGUAUGAUGCCAGUCAAGGAGCAAUUACUUGCACUCAUGGCUAAAUUACUGUAGUUACAGUAUUAAUUUUUUUUUCAAGUUUAUUCUCACUGUAUUAUUUCGCUUUCUUUCACAAUGCAGGAACCACAAAAAAUUGUCCUAGGAAGGUAUCACAAAAAGGUUCGAAAAGGAAGCAAGUUGGUUGAUGUUGAAAAAGAAGACACAGCAUAUUACGUGCCAAUAUUGCAAAGCAUACAACAACUUUUAAAUGAUGACUCUGUCCUUGAAGAGGUUAGAAUUGUUUAUGGAGUAUACAGCAAUUUCAAUUAAGGUUGUCCCCUGAGCAAAGUGGAAAAGUCGAAUACGAGCGCGAAUAGCUGCUGGGAAUCGCUAAUAAAUUCAUUAAUUUAUUAGCAAUUCGCAGCAGCCUUUCGCGCUCGUAUUCAACUUUUCCGCUUUGCUCAAGGGACAACCUUAAUUGAAAUACCUAUACAUAUAAUUCUAUUUUUGUUCAUUUUGAUGGAUAGCAGUAUAUUUGCAUCUGUUAUGAACUUAUAAAAUUUAUUGAUAUAUGUAAUAGAUUGAUCACCCUCAUAAUCGCAAUGAUGGUUUGCUGGGCGAUUAUUGUGAUGGUGAGGAAUUUCAGAACCACCCACUGUUCAGUGUGGAUAGAUUUGCUCUUCAAAUAUUACUAUUUUUUGAUGAGCUAGAAGUGUGCAACCCACUUGGAUCACGAGCAAACACUCACAAAAUAGGUGAGAAUUUUCCUAAUAUUCUGUAAUUUUUUUACUGUUAUAACAAAUUCCAGUUAAAGAGUUAAAAAAAAAUUGUCUGGAGCUUGUUGCUGGAAUUUUUUUGUCCGGAUAGGUACUGUAGGAGUUGACUUCUAUGAAGUUUUGAAAACAAAACAGUCUGUUGAACUUUAAUCGAAGGUUAGCACUAACCCACCUUUGAACAACUGGACCUUGGUGUCAUGCAUACAGAUUAAAAUAAAAAGCAGGGUAUAAUAUGGUACAAUGCAAGGGUAUAAUACUAAACGGAUUAAAACCUUAUCUUACUUAUUAAAUUGGUUGUGCUCUACUCAAUUCAUACCUUUUUAGGCAACAUUUACUACACCUUGGGAAACAUUUCACCAGAACGAAGAUCAAGUUUGAAUGCUAUUCAGCUUGUGGCAAUAAUAAACAGCAAGCAUCUAAAGCAGUAUGGCAUUGACUCAAUCCUUGAGGUUAUCAUGGAUGAUAUCAGUCAACUUGAACAGGUACCCAUCUUUUGUAAUCUACAAUACAUUUAGGAAUAAGUCCUUAAUUUUUCAAUUGAUCCUCAGUUCAACUGCAUUUUAAAUUUAUAACUAAGGAUUUGUUUUCUUUUUUGCUUUACUUUUGUAGGAUGGUGGUUAUGCAUUUGAAAUAGAUCGUGAAUUGCGUUCAUUUAGAGGAACUAUUGCAUAUAGUUCAGGUGAUAACCUUGGUUCCCAGCUUUUAGGUGGAUUUAAGGAAGGAUCUCAAGCAUUCAGGAAAUGCAGGGAGUGUAUGGGACUUGCUGAGCAAAUACAAACACAGGUACAGUUCUUCCAAAAACAAAGGAUAGAAACAAUUAUUAAACAGAUAUUAUGAUUAAUCAAUAGCGUUUAAUAUCUAAAUAGUUGACACAUGCAGUGAAAGAUCAAAUUAUUUUGUGGUUCAAAAUUUUCUAUCUGAAUGAAAAUCCCGUAUGAAAACGAUUUAUCAUGGGGAAAGUGCUGCCACUGAAUGGUCAAAUGAUUACUUACUUAAUUUCUCAAUCAUGUAUUUUCCCAGCAUACAAUUAAUUUAUUAACCCAUUGAGUGGCAUCACUCCCCCCUUGACAAGUAGAACUCUGAAAAAAAGAUAAAGUAUUGCCACUUAAAGGUUAAUUUAUAAUAUGAAGGCUAGCUAAAAUAUUUACCUUGUGUCUCCAAAUUUAACAGUUCCAUGAAAGUGAGUUCACACUAAGAACGAAAGAUGGAUAUGAAAUCCAGUGUCGAAGACUCCCCCAGGCAGAUCAUUUCAGUAUAACGUAUGGACUGAAUAGGAGGUCCAUCCUUAAUAAGUCCAGAUUCUACCAUGUUGUUGGAGGACUUCCACCUGAUGCAAUGCAUGAUAUUUUGGAAGGAGUGCUUCAGUAUCAUGCAAAGGAGCUGUUAAAGUUCUACAUACAAACCGAAAAAAAAUUUACAUUAGAAGAGCUAAAUAAGAGAAUUACCUCAUUUGAUUAUGGGUAUGUAUUUUAGGAAUUUAACCUAAAUUAUUAUGAAGUUGCAAAAAACUAUAUACAGUGUGCCAGAACAUCAGAUAGAGGCAUUUAGCCUAUGAAAUAGUUUUAGAAUCUACCCAAAAGCACAUUUCACAGUAAUAGAGAAACUUAAUUAUAAUUAAAUAGGGCCCCCAGGACUUGCUAGAAAUUCAAAUGCCCGUAGUCGUAUUCCAUGUAGCCAUGCAGGAUGAGCAGUUGUUCAGUUUGUACUUUGUAUUAAUGAUCCACCAGUUGUCCAGUUUGCAAAUUGCGUACGGCAAAAUUCAAAAAUAUAGUCAUUAUUCGUGAUAUAAUCUCUAUGCUAAGAACAAGCAACUACAAGGAACUACAACCACAUGAAAAAUAUUCGUUGUUCGCUCGAAACGUCGAAGUUCUGCUUGUUUCUUUUGUACUUAACGUAAAUAUUAAAUUACAUUUGCAGUUCACGCUUCUUUGAAAUACAGAUAGUAGCGUACAGUUCCUAUAAAUAUUAUAUAACUAUAUUUUUGGCUUUGGUAAUAUUUUAGAGAAUAAAAAAUCAUUUCUCAUAUCGAACUAUCGAAGAACCCUGGGAGGUAAAAAAUUGCGCCAAAAGUCCCAAAUCAAGAGAAAUGUUGACUUUUUGUUACAUUCAAGCGCAAUAGUCAAACAGACGAACAUGAUAUUAUUUGAUGUUCCUUUAUAAUGUCAAAUGUUCAUGUUUCAUAAUCCAUGAUGGAUUGUGAAACAUGGACAUUUGACAUUACAGAACAUUCUUAAUUAAACAUGUCAAACAAAGUCUUAUUUACCUUCAAGCACGAUUUACUUUCCAAGCCGUGGACACGAAGCAACCAGCAUAUACACGUAGUGGAACGUACAAAAAUGUUUUUAUUUGACACCAAAAUUCAUCUACAGAACCAAAGAACUGAAUAGAUCUGCAUUAUAAUUUAAAGAUUUUGAUUUCAAAAAUAUUUGGCAGAUAACAAACGUUUUUCUGCCAAUUUUUCGCUAUUUCAAAAAUUACGAAUGACACGAGUCAUUUUACCAAUGCCGGAAGUUCUGCAUUGCGACAAAAUAUCCUGGUAAAAACAAACCUACGCGAAAUUCGCUGACCUAAUGACAUUUCGUCAAAACAUUUUUCUUGAAGAUUGGUUGGUUAGGUUAGGGUUAGGGCAAGGAUUAGGGUUAGAGUUGUUCUUUGGAAUAGGGUUAGUGAUAGUUUGGAAUAGGGUUAGUAACGUUUGGAAUAGGAUUAGUUUGGAAUAGGGUUGUAAAAUCGUUACUUUGUCACGCUGAGGCGAGUGAGGCCAGCGAAAUAAACUUCUUCCACGAAUUUUAGGGCGGGCGAAUACGAAGGUUACAAAAUAUAGGGGUUGGGGAAAAAGCAAAAAUAAAAAUCGCGCAGGGGAAACAUAAAGAAAGGUACCCGGACAUUUUGCCGAAACACAUUUUGCCGAAAGACACUUUGCCGAAAGACAUUUUGCUGAACGGACAUUUUGCCGACGGUCAUUUUGCCGAACGGACGUUUUGCCGAACGGACAUUUUGCCGAACGGACAUUUUGCCGAACGGACAGUUUGCCGAAAGGACAACUUGCCGAAAAUAAAGAUGUUAUUUCGUCAAAAUGUUUGGGACUGUGACUCAAUUCUCAACUGUCUAAUUCUCAACCAUUGUGUAAAAUAACCAUUAUAUGGUCAUUAGCAGUGCAUAAUGGUCAUUAGCAGUGUAUAAUGGUCGUUAGUAGUGCAUAACCAUAGUGACUAUUGGUAGUUGUUUGUGCAGCGGAUGACUCAUUUGUUAGGAACGGGUUUUUACGUCAGAUCGUAAACAAACAAGCGUAUAUAAAGACGACGUAAGCGAAUUUCAUUUCGAAUACAUUCACAGUUCUCGAGGAAAUCGCAUCCAUGAAUGAUGUCGAAUGAUGUUAUUCUUUAUAUCGCGAAUUUUCGGUAAACUUGUCAAAAACUUGAAAGAAUAUAAAACGAAACUAUAUACUUCACUAUCAAAGUUUCUGUCAACAAAAUCAACAAUUAAUGACUUUAAUCACAGAAACUUUGAACGUGUAAGCGAACAUUUAAAGUUCAGAAGAUAUCUCUAUUUUCGGCAAAAUGUCCGUUCGUCAAAUUGUCCGUUCGGCAAAAUGUCCAUUCGGCAAAAUGUCCGUUCGGCAAAACGUCCGUUCGGCAAAACGUCCGUCGGCAAAAUGUCCGUUCGGCAAAAUGUCUUUCGGCAAAAUGUCUUUCGGCAAAGUGUCUUUCGGCAAAAUGUCCGGCCACCUAAAGAAAUUUUCAAUAGGCAAAAUUAUAAGUUCAAAUUUCAAAAAUUCUUGCAGGGGAUUAUAUUUUAAAAACUAUUAUCGACACAAGCAAAAUUUUUUUAAAAAUUAGUACAAUCUGAAAAAGUACGCCCCGGCCCCCAUCACUUUUCUAACGGUCCGCCCCUAAAAACCGAAAGACGCUAUUUAUGCAAGAAAGUGUCUAAUUUAUUCAAUAUAUAUAUAUUGCUUCAGGUACCACAACGACUCCAACAAACCAGCGCAAAUUUUGAAGACAAAACUCGUUUCCAAUGACAAUAACCUCAAACAACAUGGUAAGGUUCAAAAUACAGUACCGUAAAAUACAUUUAUGUAUACUUUUAAUUUGUCAAUUUUGUAGUUAUUGUGGGAAUACGUUUUGUAUCUUUUAUAGUACAUAAUUUCGUAUGUGCCUGUAUUGGUAUUACAUAUUCCCCAUCAACAAAAGCUUGACUGAAACAUGUAUCUGAAAAUUAAUGUUACAGCAAAUGAGAUGUGGUGCUUGGCUUUGUUUCUGCCUUUUCUAAUUGGCGAAUUUAUCGAGGAGGAUGAUGAUCAUUGGAAAGCGUUUUGCACACUACUUCAAAUUGUGCGUAUUGUUUUCUCUCCACUGAUCAGCAAACAGCAGAUGCCUUAUCUUCAAAUUCUCAUACAAAGCCAUCAUGAAAAUUUUAAGACGCUGUAUCCCCAUGCCUCGAUCAUACCCAAAAUGCACUACAUGAUCCAUAUGCCAAGAACUAUAUUGCGGUAAGGAGACGAUACAUCUCAUUAUAUCAGUGUACGCGAUGGGCAAAGUUUACAUCGUACAGUUUGCGCAAUGGGCAAAUCGCGUAAUUGUAAAUUAUAAAUGUGUCUUCACUGAUCUUAAUUAAGACUUUGCAAUAUACCCAUUUGUUUUUCUUUUAUGUAUUUGCAGUUUGGGACCCUUGGUUCGAAUCUGGUGCAUGAGGUAUGAAGCCAAGCACUCUUACUUCAAACGUCUGGCAGUUUCAUCUGGAAACUUCGUCAAUUUACCAUAUUCGCUUGCCAAACGUCAUCAGGAAGGUUUGAGUUAUAGAAUAAAUACGCCGGAAGGAAGCCAGUCUACUUUCCUUCAAAAAGGAACCGAAAUCGGACCAGGUACGGAAGCCUAAUAUUAAAUAGGGUCUAAAGAGGGAAUCCUAUUCUAUCUCUAUCUGAUAUCUGGCUUUCAUCUAAAGCCCCGUUUACACUACGCUCAAUUUUUGGUACGGCACGGAUAAAAUUGGUUCCAAAAAUCGUGCGGCGUACGUAGUGUAAACGGGGCUGGAAUCCCAGUCAUCCGUCUCAGGCCAGGGUCAAACGUCGAACUUUUCAUGCGCCGAACCUAAUGCAAAUGAAAUGAAACAAAGAACUUACAGUAGCUCAUUAACGAACGGCGCAUGAAAAGUUCGACGUUUGAACCUGGCCUCACUGAUCCAAUAUCUGUUCCUAUCAUUGUUUUUCAAUCACCCUCGGAUUUUACAUGUUACAUAAUACAUGCAGUAAGACAAUGUGCAUUGGCUGUUUAUACGUAACCGUUCAUGAUUGAUAUUUUCAUAUUUACAAAGAUAGAAUUAACUAACAAUUUCCAAACCACCCUAGAAAAAGUUCUCCCCAUAUAUAUGAUAAUUAUAUUUUUUAUGUUUACAGGCACGGAAACGCAUGCUGGAGACUUGGCCUACUACGAACCACUGAAGGAGUCCUGUCAGUUGGUUGAUGUUAACCCUCAAACUUCUGUUUUUGAGUAAGUAUAUAUAAUUACAAAUAAAUGUACCGAACUUAAGUCUUUGUACUUUUCAAAUUACUCAUCACAAUUUUACUUGGUUUUCACUUGUUUUCAACCAUCAAAAUGACAUUACGUCAUUUGAUCAAUUUCUAAAGUUGUUCCUUUUUUGAUUUUUUUUAAUUAAUUUGGUUAGGGUAAGAGUUGCGGUUAUGCUUAGGGGUUAAAGUAGGGGUAGGGUUUGUUACAUAGCGAUUUAACACUACUUCCGUCUCCGAAAAUGACGUCACAUCAGUUUGGUAAAUGAAAACAGGUGCUGACAGUAUAACACUACAUUAUAAUUUUGAUACACAAGAAUCAAGGGACAUUAAAACUAAACUGAACUACAAAAUUUACCGCCUAACAAUUUUACAAUGACAAAUGUAUCAUUAAUGGGUCAUUCUACAAAACACUGACACACAUAGGAAAUAAGAUAUCUUCCACAUAGGAAAUCAAAUAUUUAUAACGACCACCACCCUACCCUCCAGAAGUCCUAAUAUAUUUUAUAAUAAUCAAUUGUGUUAUUUCCCCGACAUAAAGUUCUCUGUGUAGGUCAGCAUACAUAAUUUAUUACACUGUCCGUAAACGUCUGCAAACUUACAAGCUUUUAAACUAGGUUAUUUUUGCAAUCAUGGUGCUGGCCGUUUCGGUUGGGCAGGUAUUUUGCUUGACACCGCACAGUACAUGAUAGUAUCCAAUGUCAAACCGUAAUUUUAAAAGCAGAUGCAGUACAUUGGAUUAUAUUUUGGAAAGCAAUACUUUCUGCAAGGUGUAUUUCAAGCUAGAUGGGGGUGCAGCAGUAUUCACUUUUAAGAGCCAUACAAAAUUGUUUUGUUGAUGGAAAACAAGUUUGUGGAUGUAUACACGGAUGUUUGCAGAUAGUGUUCAGUGAGGGCCCAUAUCUGUCAACAGACAGUGGCGUAGCCAGACCUUCAUUUUUUUUUUUGGGGGGGGGGGCGAAAGAACGCCAAAGGCGUGAGACCGUCUUGGGGGAGUCCCUGUCCGCGAUUUCAAGCAUUUUGGGAGUGAAAUAUUGCACGGCAAUUCCGAAGAUUAUAAAGUACAUCGAAGACAUGAAUUUUCCCAGACAUUUCUCCUCGGAAUUAAAUAAGUUGGAAAAAUCACCUUGAAAAACAGGAGGGGCAGUGUCACCUUAUUUCCCCUAUGUGAUGCCGGGGGAGAAAAUCCCAAUGUGAUUUUGAUCAGAAAUGUUGCAUUUAAAUAAUUCUAGGUUCUAUGAGAUCAUUUCCGCAUUCUCAAAAUUGCCUUGCUUUUAUACGAUACAGAAUAAGUCUGAUACAGAAUAAGUCUGAGAAGAAAUAUUUAUGCUAUGAUAAUGCAUACAUGUAUUUAACAGUUAAAUAUCUAAACUAAAUCCACUCUACUUGGAACCAUAUCUACGUUUCCUAAGUUCGAGACGUACUUUAUCAGUUUCAGCUUAGAACAUUUGAGAGAAUGGUUUUUGUGGCGAAUGGGGGGCGGUCACCCCCCCUCCCCCCCCUUUGUUACGCCACUGUCAACAGACAAUGAACAAAUGACUAUUGUAUAGUAUAUGUCAAGAAAAUGUAUUUAGGAUAAGGUGACUUAAUGCCACUUACAUAAAGUUUUACUGUCUCCUUUUUUAUCCAAGGGCAAAAUGGGUCAUUAUUGCAGGGACAAAGUACAAAUGUAAUGCCAUCAUCCAUAUUGGUUUUGAUGAAACGGAUAUGCCACAUUUCUGCAAAAUCCACAGAAUUGCCAUCGUGGAAAAAAACCUGUUGGCCAUAAAAUUUGUGGUUCAACCAUAUGAGACGGUUACGUUUGACAGUCAUUUCCAGUCAUAUGAG